AUGGAACGACGAAAGAAAACUGAUGAAAAAACGGCAAAACAAAUUCGUAAUCGUCGACGAAAAGCAAAGAAAAAACAAGAAGAAUCAGUAUAUCCGAUAAACUUAUCACAAAUUACACCUGUCAAUCGACAUGUUAAUGUUGAUCCACUUGAUAAAUGGAGUAAAGUUUGUUUUGUUAUUUAUAAUAGUCAACAUAUGGAUGGUUUUGAUGGAUGUCUUGUUGAUGCAUCAUGUAGUGGUAUAGGCGUUAUAGCAAAAGAUCCAGCAGUAAAAUAUUCUAAAAAUGAAAAAGAUAUUCAACGAUGUUUUUUACAGCUCAACGUCAACUUUUACUAA